AUGAACGAUACGCAAGUCAAUAACAUACAAGGUUCAUUGCAUUCAAUCGAUGCUCCUGAGAAACAUUCACCCAACGCUCGUCUCCAUUCACAUGACGAUUUCGUGUAUAUAACUAAUAACGCCAGGGAAGCGUCUCCUAUCAAGGACGACAAACCCAAUGUUAUUGAAGAAUCGACUAGAAUGCCCAUGUUAUCCACUGAUCUACCGUGCGUUUUUUUCCCCACGGACCAAGCGGACGCACCUGAAACACCACGACCUGCAGCAUUGUCAUUACAUCCAUCAACCUGGCGUGCCUUUCAAUCUUUUACGCACGCUUUUCGCCCAUCGUCUAUGCCCGUUCCCGCUUCUUCACCUUUCACUGUCAUGUACAUGGGAUGCCGUCCUUCAGCUAUCGCUAUCCAGCAAAUCCGGCAAAAGCUCGCGGAAACAUUGGUGGCGCAUAAAAGUGCUGCCUUCAACCAGAAUCCCAAAGAGUUUCAUCAGCACUUGUACAACGUUCACAUCACCGACCAAGCUAAAAUUCAGGUGCUGCAAGAUCUCGGACUCUCUUUUGCUGAACUUGAUUUCACCUGGUUCUAUUUGCACUUCUCAGCCAACAACCAUCUAUCCGACUCCAAAGUACUCAUUCAACCUCACGAUAUCCACCAUGCAAUCGACACCCAUCUCUCGCAACGCUACGGUUCGUCCGCCCUCUCCCAGAACCUGUCCACAUCAUCGUCAUUCCCCCAGCCCAUUCACCUCGCCAUUUAUUUUUAUCACCCAUGCACCACCGGGCUAAGAGAAACGCUCCGCCGUGAUAUGCAAGUAUUAUCACGCCUCGCAUCUUACCAUAUUCCUGUGCUGCCAUUGUUGAAUAUCGACGAAACAGGAUUGUCUAUCGAUAAUGAAACUGCACAGCAUCAACUCGCAACCCUAUUGAAUGAAUUCAAAAUUCCCUGUGUGCCUCUUACCGAUGUGUCUCCCGAAGAAUACCCUUGUUUCGUCGGCAGUAUGCCCGAUAACCCCGCCACUGAUAUUUUACGCAUUGAUCAGUUCACCGCCAUUGACGGCCAGAAUUUAUCUCGCAUUCUCCAUCAUGCGCAGGAUAUGCAACUUGAGCACGCAAACCAUACGAGAAGGAAAAAGUACAACUGGAUCAUCGCUUCGGUGGUCUUAUUGCUGUGUAUGGUAUCAGCGACGCUCGGAUGGAUGUCUACUUCCAGUGGAAAAGAAAACGAGCCAGUCACCGUCUACUUUACAGAGCACUCACUUGGUAGUGACACUGUUCAACGGCGUAUAUAUGUUCAGUUGGACCCUAUGAACGACGACCACCCGUACCCAUUGACACUGUAUUUGACAAUGGAAAUCUUUACCGCAAGCUUUGGUGCGUAUCCAAUGGAUUUCGUAGGAAAUGGAACUUACUCGGUCGAUGUUCCGUCACCUUGUCACUACACAAUGGACCACGAUCUAACAGCGAGCAUCCGUACACCAGCUGACGUUGCCAUUGAACUCCAUGCUAACCGAUUUACCUUGAACAAGACUUUGUGUCUCUCUAAAAACGCAACACAACCACCACCGGUGAAUCCAUCCUCGAGUUCGAUGUCAUCUUCUCGUCCCCCCAAGAGUGUUACGGUCUAUGGCGCCAAUGUAUUCCAUCAGUAUGUGGAGCCAUGGACCAAAAAGCUCGUACGACUUUUUCAUUCAGUGAGUCAGGCCUUGUUUGGGUUAUGGUCGCAUUGA